AUGGCAGAAGAGGACCUGCCUAUUCGCACUGGAGGCGACGUUGAAGGCGACGUUGAAGGCGACGUCGACGGCGACCGCAAUAAUCAUUCUCCGAUCAAGGCGGAGUGGAACUCAGAAGUCAAGCACGAAGAGACCGAGGCUGUUGUUGUCCACGUCAAAGAAGACGACGAUCUCGAUUCAGAAGAUGUGCCUCUCUUGACUCAAUCCGACGAAGGACACAUCGACGACAUCCCCCUUCUGAACCCCUUAGAGACCGAGCAAAGGAAAUCCGCAUAUCUGAACCGCAAAUUCCAAUGGCACCUCUCUUACCUGAAAGAGCUGCCAUUAUAUUUAUAUACUUGUCUUCAAGCGACGGGCCGCCUGUUCAUAUCCGCCCUGCCAACGUACUGCGUACCCAGCCGCAUACCACCCCCUCGCCCAGGCCCAACAGCCUACCUGGACGCUCUGCGCGGCUACGCCGCCGUGAUCGUCUAUAUCUUCCACUUGUACGAUAAGCGCGGUGACCUCUCGUGGCGCCGCUACCCGUUCGUCAGCACCUUCUUCGCCGGGUCCGGCAUGGUCAACCUCUUCUACGUUAUCUCGGGCCACGUCCUGGGGUAUGGGUUAUUAUUAACCAUGCACAGGAAGGAAGAAGGGCGGAUGCUGCAGGGUCUCGCCUCCGCCUUGUUUCGACGGUAUAUGCGGCUCUACGGCAGUGUUGUGGUGGCCUUGAUCAUCACGCUCAUCCUGCUGCGCCUGCGUCUCUACAACGGCGUGUAUUUUAACAAGAUCUACUUUGAAUCCAUCGAUGAGCAGCUCAAAAAUUGGUUCGUAGACCUCUUCAAGUUCUGCAACCCUUUGUCACCGAGGAUCACGGACAUCAAGGACGACAAGCCUCUUGCCAGCGCCUAUUUGCCGCAGAUGUGGACUAUCCCCGUGGAGUUCCGGGGCAGUGUUUUCUUGUUCGCGUUCUGCGCGGCCAUUUGCAAAUUGACCGCCAAGGCACGCAUGGUGGUCAUGGGGGUCGUCAUUCUUAUGGCUUAUUGCUGGCAGGCCGUCUACAUUGCCGAGUUCACUGGCGGCCUCCUCAUCGCACAGCUAUCUCUAGUUCGCCACCCGGAGCGCAUCUCGGAACCCUCCCCAUUAGCCAUGACCGAAACCACAGACGCAGAACCGACACCGCCACAAUCGCGCCUUUCUGAGAUCAGCCACACCGUCCUCUUCAUCAUCGCCUUCCUGCUCCUUGGAGAAAACGACGCCGGACAAAUGAAAAUGCGCCUCUGGGGGGAUUUCCCUUGGGUAUAUCUCGACAAAGUGGUCCCACCCUGGUGGAGCGAGACGGCGCAUUAUAUCUUCUGGCUCGGCUGGGGCAGUCUGGGCCUCGUGUAUGCGUUGGAGUUCUGCCCGAGGCUGCAGCGGCCGCUGGAAUGGAGGGUAUCGCAGUACAUUGGAGAAAUCUGUUUUGGCCUGUACGCUAUGCACGUCCCAGUCGGCAUGGGCUUGCAGAACCAAUACAUGAAUUCCUGGCGGAAUGAAUGGGCUGGUGAAGCGAUUUGGGGUUACUUAGUUGAGGCGUUGGUUCUCACUUUCAUCGUGGUGACGGCGGGGGACUACUUCACCCGGAUCGAUCGUGCCGUGGUUCGGUUGGCGCGUUCUCUUCAGGAAAGGCUGUUCACUAAGUGGUAG